UCAUUCAACAACUCUAUAAAACAAAUACACAUCGAAAGAGAAAGAAAUUAGCUAUGGCAACUCUAGGUGGCACAACUGAGGUGGUGGAAUAUACACAAAACAACGUUGAGAUUAAUAACCUUGCUCUCUUUGCUGUUCAAGAUCACAACAUAAAACAGAAUGGAGUUUUGGAGUUUGUGAGAGUUUUGAGUGCAAAGAAACAAGUGGUUUCUGGAACGUUGUAUGAUAUCGUUUUGGAGACAAAGGAUGGUGGGAAACAAAAGGUGUAUGAAGCAAAGAUUUUGGAAAAGCCAUGGUUGAACUUUAAGGAAGUGCAGGAGUUUAAACUUGUCAGUGAAAAUGAUGAUGCUCCUUCUUCGUCUACGGUUUAAUUGGGUUAUUGAAGAUCACCCUUCGCUCCAAGGUCAAAAAUAAAAUAAAAUUUGUGUAUAUAAAGAAUAAGAUAUGCAUAUCGUCUAGAUAUUGCCAUCUAUUUAAGUUGGAUAUUUGUCUAAUAGAUUAAUGUUUGUUAGUAAUUUGUGAAAUAACGAAGAUUGUAUUUAAAAUGUGAGAUUUAAUAUUUUUAUAUAUUAAAUAAAGGUUUUGUAA